AUGACUACAUUAAAUGAACUUAUAAAUAGGGCAAUAUUCUCAAUAUCUGCUCCUGAUCCCAAUGACCCAAUUCUGGAAUGUUACGGAUAUGAAGUUCAGAAACUGAAAACGGCUCUUCUGGAUACACCAGACAGUGCCCUCCAACUCGCUGACGCGAAUCUAAGAAUAUUUCCAUUCAAGGAUGUGAAAGAUUGUUGGCGGAGGCUUUACACUGAUGCCAGCCUAAUCAAAGCAUGCCAGCUACUGAAGAAACACAUCCAACGCAGUGACAAGGCCGGCCAUGUCAGCGGAAAGAAGGUAGAUAAUGCACAGCAAGUGUGCCUGAGUGGAUCACUGGAUGAGGGAAGAGAUGAAUACUUGGAGGCGGACUCUCCCACUCUUUAUCCUUGGGUAUCAGAUGUCAUUCACAUCCUGGAUAAAGCUUUGAUAAUGACUGGUGCUCCUCGCCGAACAAGACUAAUAGAGGACCUGUUAUCUACAUUUCAAGGAAGCCUUCGCUUGGAUUAUGUUACCUCAUUUAUCUCAUCUAUACCAUCCGGCCAAACUGAGCUUCCUCACUUACUUCCGUCUCGGCCGGCUAAGAGACAAAAGCUAGGCGAGAGCAGCAGUUUAUUUCCCUUAGAUUAUGCCCCUCAGCCUUCUUUAAGAAACCCUGUACCCCGGGUUGCAGAGCUUACAUUCGAGGAAUUUACAGAACACAUAUGGAAUAUACGGACGCCCAUAGUUAUUACCAAUGCGAUCAACCACUGGCCAGCCCUGUCUUCACGGCCAUGGUCGUCACCUAAGUACUGGGCGGAAAGGACAUUUGGCGGAAGGAGAUUGGUUCCAGUCGAGGUUGGGAGGUCGUAUACGGACGAAGGCUGGGGCCAACGGAUUAUGCCAUUUGCUGAAUUUGCAAAAGAUUAUCUAUGGCGAAGCACCAGUUCAACUGGCAAGGAAGCACAGACUGGUUAUAUGGCACAGCAUGACCUUUUGACUCAGAUUCCGGCACUGAAGGAAGAUAUUUGUAUUCCCGAUUACUGCUAUGCCGAACCACCUGCACCUGAACCAGGUACUCCUCUAUAUAAAAAGAACAUACAACAAGCAGACAACGGAAACAGUUCAAAGGAAGUUCAACAAGGGGAAGCAUCGAUGCCUCAUGGUAAUAAAGGGAAAUUUACUGAAUACCAUGACAGUGUGGAUGGUGAAGAUGGUCUCAGUGAUAAUAUUACCACGGCUGACCCCAUAAUCAAUACUUGGAUAGGGCCUUCAUGGACAAUAUCUCCAUUACAUCACGAUCCAUAUCAUAACAUCCUGGCUCAAGUGGUUGGCGCAAAAUAUAUUCGUCUUUAUUCUCCCCACACUCCAGCAAGUCAAAUUUACCCGCGUGGAAAAGAAGUUGUGAACCAUAAAGCCUCGGAUGCAUCUACCAUGGAGAAGAAGGGUGAUGCAGGCCAGGAGCAAAUAGAUAUGUCCAAUACAUCUCAAGUUGACAUAUCAGCCAUUGAAUUAUCCCCCGCAGAGGUAGAAGCCUGGGAAGAGCUUUGGCCUGGAUUUUUCAAGGCAGAGUAUGUGGAAACAAUUCUACAAGAGGGCGAAUGCCUGUACAUCCCUAUUGGCUGGUGGCACUAUGUUCGAGGAUUGCAAGCUGGUAUUAGUGUUAGCUUUUGGUGGAGUAAAUAA